AUGUCUAUCAUUUCUUUAACUCUGCUUUCUUUCCUUUAUCUCAUCAUUCCCACCACCCAAUUUAACCAGCUUGACUUCAACAAAUUCAUAUAUUACAAUUGCUCCAUUAAAAGUGGAAACACCUAUACAGAGACAAGCAACUACCACUCCAACCUCGAUACGCUCCUUUCCAAUCUCACUUCCAACACAAAAAUUGACUAUGGCUUCUACAAUUCUUCUUAUGGCCAAAACCCUGACACAGUUUAUGUAAUCGGACUCUGCAGGGGAGAUUUGAAUCCAAAUUUCUGCCGUUAUUGCCUCAACAGCGCCACAAUACUUCUCCCAAAUAAAUGUCCGAAUCAGAAGGAGGCAAUGGGAUAUAACGACGGAUGCAUUGUACGAUACUCGGAUCAGCAAAUAUUUGGGUCAUAUGGAAACCCUGAAUUUUCCUUUCCAUAUUUCGACCCUACAAAUGCAACAGAUACGAACUUCAAUGCAACGCUUAAUGAUCUUUUGCAAAAACUAGCAAAAAAAGCGGCGGCUGGUGACUCUCGUCAUAAGUUUGCAGCAUUAAAUGUAGAGCACAUGUAUAAAAAAGAUCUAUAUGGUCUUGCUCAAUGCACGCCGGACUUAUCUGAGCAAGAUUGUGGUAAAUGCUUGAAGAAGGCAAUCAUGGAACUCAAUCAUUGUUGUAAUGACAAGAUUGGUGCAAGGAUUAUUAAACUUAGCUGCAAUGUUAGAUACGAGGACUACUUGUUCUAUGAUAAAAACGUGGUCGACUCAUUGCAACCAUCUCCUCCUCCACCAGCUAGCAAUCACAGAGGGUUAAGGGUCUGGCCGUGCGAACUUGCGACAGAUAACUUUUCUGUUGAAAAUAAGCUUGGAGAGGGAGGAUUUGGGCCAGUGUAUAAGGGUAGGCUCUCCAGUGGAAGAGAAAUAGCUGUUAAAAGGCUGUCCAUGGAUUCUGGGCAAGGAGAUUCAGAAUUUAAGAAUGAAGUAUCGUUGGUGGCCAAGCUUCAACACCGCAAUUUAGUGAAAUUACUUGGUUUCAGUUUAGAAAGAAAAGAAAGGUUACUUGUCUAUGAGUUUCUUCCCAAUAAAAGUCUUGACUACUUGCUAUUUGAUCCUAUCAAACGAACUCAUCUGGAUUGGGAGACACGAUACAAAAUCAUAGGCGGCAUUGGUCGUGGCAUUCUUUAUCUUCAUGAGGAUUCAAGAUUACGUAUUAUUCAUCGUGAUCUCAAAGCAAGUAACAUUCUUUUAGAUGAAGAGAUGAAUCCUAAAAUAUCAGAUUUUGGUAUGGCAAAACUCUUCUCCAUAAAUCAAACCCAAAGCAAUACGAGCAGAAUUGUUGGAACCUACGGAUAUAUGGCACCAGAAUAUGCAAUGCAUGGACAAUUUUCAAUCAAAUCAGAUGUUUUUAGUUUUGGUGUAUUGGUUUUAGAGAUUGUAAGCGGAAAGAGAAACAAUACCAACUUUCAUGAGGAGAAAGCCCAUGAUCUAUUAAGCUUUGCAUGGAAAAAUUGGAGGGAAGGGACAGCCUCAAAUACAAUAGAUUCAUUAUUAAUUGAUGGGUCAAGAAAGGAAAUGAUAAGAUGCAUCCACAUUGGUUUACUCUGCGUUCAAGAAGAUAUAGCGGACAGGCCUACCAUGGCUAACGUUGCACUUAUGCUCAGCAGCCACUCAUUCUCUCUCCCGUUACCUUCACAACCUGCAUUUUUAAAGAAUUACAGAACUUUGGCAGAGCAGCAUUGUUCAGGGGAGAGUAGUUCAGGAACAACAAGAUCCACUGAACGAGACGCUACUAGCUCCAUCCAGGCUUCAAGUGGACGAGAAUGUAACUCUGUUCAGGAAUAA